GGCUCAAUUCUGGGUCCUCUGCUUUUCUUGCUCAUGAUCAAUGACAUAGCUCUUUCUAGGGACAGAAUGGUGGUGUGUUAUGCGGAUGACACCUCCCUCCUGGAUGUUGGCAGGAGUCUGGAUGAUGUGAGCACACUAAUGCGGGCGUCCAUGGAGAUGGCGGCUGACUGGUUCUCUGCAAACAGGUUUCUCCUAAAUGCAGAAAAGACACAGACGAUUGUUUUCAGCCUCAAGAAUGGUAAGCAGCAUGAUUGUCCUCCAGUAAAGCUCCUGGGUUUUAUGUUGGAUAGGAGACUUUCCUGGGAGGAGCAUAUUCAAGGUGUCUGUUGCAGGCUGAGCAGGAUCCUGUUCCUACUGAAGGGUCUGAAGAGAUCUGCUGUGAAUGCAUUUGGUGACCUGGAGGUCCAGCCUGUCAGGGGAGACUCCCAUGAGUACGGCACUCGUAACAGAUUAAGGCUGGAUCUCCCAUACUGCAGGUUGGGGAGGACACAAUCCAGUUUGGUCUACCUGCCGGGAAAGAUGAUAAAUAAGCUGCCCAUUUCAGUGAGGAGUCUACCUGUGGCUGCCCUAAAGCGAAGGUUGAAGCACUUCCUGCAGGAGAAUCAUUUCUACUCACUUAACGAAUUCUUUGAAUGUGACAGUGCACUGGUGAGUGGAUAUUUUUGACUUUUUUGGCGCUGUGAUGUCCGCUGCUGGUUAUUUUUGCCUUUUUUGGCUUUUAUGUUUUCUCCUGACUUGUCUCUUGUGAGCAUGCCCUGCAUGGUCACUUUAUGGACAGAAAGUUUAUUAUUAUUAUUGCAGUUUUUUAUAUUUAUUGGUACAAACUUAAUAGGUACACUGAUGAGCUCAUUCAGGAUGCAGUUUACAAUCUUUAGAGCGAUGUAUACCAGCUGCUUACAAAUAACCAUUAAAUUUGAAUCAUAAGUAACAUAUCUAUGUAGAUUGUAUCUUGUUCUAUGAGUUACAUUGAUUCUUGAAAAUGAACAUCUAUGUUUAUUAAAAUAUUUAAAUAUGCUAAGCACAUAGAGUUGAUGGAUUGACAUGACUCUCAAUUCACUAAAUGCAAUUAUUGAAGGGAACAAUAUGGGCUUAUUUAAUAUGGUUUUUAUGAUCAUUUUCUGUAUAAUGAAUAGUGGUAACAAAAGAGUGUCAUAAGUACCUCCCCAAACCGCCAAGCCAUAAUUUAAAUAGAGAUUGUACAAUUGCAAAAUAGAGCAUUCUCAACUUUGAUAAAUCAAGUAUCGACCUCAACUUAUA